UGCCAAACAAGAGAGGAAGAGCUAGUCUGCACAGUGCACGCACCCACUUUCCCGGGUAAAAACUAAGACAUCACAACAAUUCCUUUAAUAUAAUUCCUCUUCUCUUUGGCUGCAACUAUAAAACUUACCAUGGCAUUAAACUUGUACUUUGAAGCUUAGAGGCUAGCUGUUAGUUAUGAGGGUCAUUCAAACUGCUGGGUUUAAUUACUCAUUUCUCCUCCAACAAUGCUCCUUUUCCAGGAAGAGAAUUGGAGUCGUUGAAGUGAUCAAGUCUAAUUUGUCAGACUCAGAUUCCAAGAGAGCAAACCUUUCUGCCAGGAAGAAAGAAAGAAUUAAGCUUCCCAAACAUGACGGUAUUGGUGGAGAUAAUAAAUCAUUUCAUAUAAGUGAAUUUCUGAGCCAUAAAUCUGGUGUUGAAGCAAUGUUGAACAAAAGAGCUUUGCAAAGCUUUGAAUCUAUUGAUUCUAACAUGUACAGGUGUACUCUGCCACAAGUUCAACUUCUGAAUUUUGAAGUUGCCCCUGUUUUGAUUUUACAAGUGAACCCAACCAGCGAAGACUGCACUGUGAAGAUGUUGUCUUGCAAGUUUGAGGGUUCAGAUUUGGUAGAGCAGCAGAAUGACCACUUUUCAGCAUCAAUGGUUAACUGUAUAACGUGGGAAACAGUUGGAUCUCAGCCUUUCCUAAAUGUUGAUGUGAAAUUAAAUAUCUCUCUUGAGAAUGAUGCAGGCUUUAGUGGACAGGCUAGUGCCGUUGCUUUUGCAACAACUGCUUCAAGAUUAUGACAACUGGGUUCAGCAACAUCAGAAAUCUCUGUCGUGAAUCCAACUCCUUUGUACCUGAGUAAGUUAACUACAUUUAUGGCUUGGUGAGGAAAAUAUAAUGAAAAUCCAUCUAGCUACAAUACUCUAUGUGAGCCCAUUUGCUCCAUCCUUGGUGGGUAAGUUUAGCCAUCCGGAAAACUGUACUUGUGGGUUGUUGGCUUGUCGCAAGCUUUCAACUGGGUGGUGGACUAGUCUAGGUGCGCACAAGCUGGUUCGGACAUCAUCAUAUCUAAAAAGUGUAUGAAAUUCCAUCCUUCCAUGGUUCAAGUGUAAGCUGCCUAUUUGAUGCUCAUUUCUUUGUGCAAAAUAUCAAUCUCAAAAAUACCAUCAUCUUUAGUGAUAUCAAUUCAUUCAA